AUGUCCUACAAAAUCACCACAGACCCAACCCUCUCCCCACCAUUCGCAAACGCCAUGAUCUCCUUCAUGGAAUCCUUCUACCAAAUCAGCGACGAUGAAUCCCAGCACGAGCAAUACGUUGCCAGCUUCACGUCCGACGCAACACUAAUCAUGGGGCCUAAGGUCGCAAACGGAGCGGACGAAAUCCUAAACCUGCGCCACAGUAUCUGGACGCAUGUCGCGUCGAGGAGACACACCCCGCAGAAGAUCUAUUUUGGGGGCGAGAGGGAGCUCAUGCUGUAUGGGACAGUGAGAUAUGUGCUGAAGGCAGAGCCGGGGAGGGAGGUGGAGGUUCCGUGGGCGGGGAGGGAUACGGCUGCGCAGUCGGGGAAGAAGUGA